GCAGUAUUGCCUCUGCACAACUCCAGAGGGCAGGAUUCUUGUGCGGCCUAUGUAAAUAAUACUGCUUGGAACGGUGUCUUGUGGAACUGUGGCCUUGUAGCAGAGUGACAGCUGCGUGUUAUAGGAGUUCUCUCACGCGCUGCCCCUUGGAGCUGCAUAGGUGGGCUGGGUGUGCUUUUUCAGUAGGAGAGAGGCCGGGGGCGUGAGGUGGUGAGGGCCUUGGCCAGAACAGGGAUCUGGGCCUUCUGCCAGGGUCCUGGGCUGUUACAGGACAGGGAACUAGACCAAAGAAAGCAGUUGACUAAGGAAAGGUCCCGAGGAGGACAAGCAAAACACAGCUUGAAUUUUGUGCGAGUUGGAGGCCUCCCCCUGCAGCAGUAAGCGCUUUGUGCCUCAGGCUCUGUGGAGCACUGAGAGGGUUAGGGAAGAGGGAGGGGGAUGAGGGUAUCUGGAAAUCAGCCCACCGCCAUCGGCCAGCAUUCCAGGCACCUACCUGGAAACUGAGAAAAGUUUGGUAGCAGAUAAAACCCUCCUAAAAAACAAGCCUGAAAAUCCGAAGUGCGUCCUGGACUUAGGUGACUGAGUGCUCUCUGUCCUUGUCUGGUGUGCCUGAGAGCCCAGAGGUGAGAAAGGUGAGAAAGAAGAGAAGUCCAGGGAAAGAAUGGGAGAGAACAGAGCCGCUUGGAGGAGCAGGGGCAGCUCCACCACUCUGCUUACGGUGUGUAGGGGACCGUCCCCCUGCAGACCCUGGCCCUAUGACCUCUGACUCUCAUUCGGCCUAGCCUCCUCUUUAAAAAUGUAGGAGAGGUUGCCAUCAAAACUCAUCAGCAAAAAAGGUUAGCAGUUCUUACAGUUUUACCUUGAACUCUCCUGCAGUCUCCAUUCCUUCUCUGAUGAUGCUAGGGACGGGAGAGGUGCUAGGAGUCUGAGGACGGUGUGGGGCGUCUCAUUUGCUAACCUGACUUGUUUCAGCUACAGGGCUGCACGGAGUUGAGACUCUCAUGCUCACAUGUUGCUUUGGUCUUACUUUAGCAUUUCUCUGCAAAUUUAAAUAAGGCUGUUUUUGUGUGUGUGUGUGUCUUGCUUGGCACGUGAAGCCAUUUUUUAGUGUGUAUUUUAUGUGUCUUUUUCAUCCUGGGGGCAUUUCAGUGUAGAAGUAUAUUAAUUAGAGCCACCUUCGGCUAGCAGCAAAGCGUGGCACAGACAGAUUAAGUACCCUGGAGCCCUGCUGUGGUUUCAGGGUCCUGGGCCUCCUGAGUCUCCCAGUACUUUUGAGGGCACACUAGGCUUGGGUCAGUAUCCUAUUCCUACAACCAUUUAAUUAUUUAGGACUUUGUCUCGUGGAAUGGUUUUUUGUUCUGACCAAAAUGAUCUCUAGAAAUAGUAAAAGAUAACUGUGAGUGUUCACCAUGUAGCAGGUGCCGUUGUAAGCACAUUACAUCCAUUGUUUCAUGGAAUCCUCACUAUCACCUUUCGUGAGGAAGUUUCUCUUUGCCCCAUUUUGCAGAUGAGGAAACUGAGGUAUGAAGAAGACAAGUGAGUUUUUCAAGGCUUUAGAGCUGAGCCCAAACCCUGGGCCGCCUGGCUCUAGAGCCCACACUCCUGACUGCUGUACUCUGCUCCUCUCAAUAACAGCUGACAGUUCAUGGUUACUUGGCAAGGGUUUUCACGUCACAACGGAUUUAAUUGCCACAGCAUUGCUAGGCGGUGGGUUCCCUAGUUUCCUGAAUUUUCAGAAACGGGAUGUUUUGUUUGUUUGUAUUUUGAGACAGAGUCUCGCUCUGUCACCCAGGCUGGAGAGCAGUGGUGCGAUCUCGGCUCACUGCAACCUCUGCCUCCCGGGUUCAAGUGAUUCUCCUGCCUCAGCCUCCUGAGUAGCUGGGCUUCCAGGCAAGUGCCACCAUGCCCGGCUAAUUUUUGUAUUUUUAGUAGAGACAGGGUUUCACCAUGUUGGCCAGGCUGGUUUCGAACUCCUGACCUCAGGUGAUCUACCUGCCUCAGCCUCCCAAAGUGCUGGGAUUAUAGGUGUGAGCCACCACGCUUGGCCAGGAACUGGGGUUCUUGAGAGAUAGAGUAACUGCCCCAGGUUACCCUGCAGUGGAUAGGUCCAGGCAGCUGGCCCCCAGCCCAGGUUCGUAACCACCAGGCCGCACUGCCUGGAGCCUCCUGCUAGGGCCAGCACUGCUUGUGCUGAAAUGGGGCUCACUGGCCAGCGUUUGACCUACUUCCUUGUUCCCUGUGGCCUGGGCAGGGUAUUUGCUGAACUGACCAACAUGCUCCUGCGUGUGAGUCACUGGGCUUGCAGUCUGGAAAGGAUACACGUGAACUCACCGGUCCUUGGGUAGCUUAGAACAUUGUUUAUUAAAUUGUGUUUUGAGGUGGUUAGGCCUUGAAUGUUCACAUAAUAGCUCUGCGAACUCUGUUGCUCAGGCUGGAGUGCAAUGGUGCGAUCUCAGCUCACUGCAACCUUUGCCUCCCAGGUUCAAGCAAUUCUCCUGCCUCAGCCUCCCAAGAAGCUGGAACUACAGGUGCACGCCACCACACCUAGCUAAUUUUUGUAUUUUUAGUAGGGACACGGUUUCGCCAUGUUGGCCAGGCUGGUCUUGAACUCCUGACCUCAGGUGAUGCACCUACCUCGGCUUCCCAAAGUGCUGGGAUUACAGGCAUGAGCCACCGUGCCUGGCUUGUACUUAACUCUUGAAUAGCUAGAGAAAUGACUUAUAAGAUACCCAAGUUGGCUGAUUGAAAUUUUAGAGUUCCUAUCCUGCUCCCUUUGAGAAGUUUCUUUUCAAAACCCAUUAGCUGGUAGGUUACUUGAAAAGGAAAGAUUUUAGUGAGGGGCCAAAGAGUGAAUGUGAGGGAGUGGUGGGCCUUCUUUCUGCCCCGACCUCCACAUGCUGGGUGUGCAUUUGUGGGUUCCAGUCCCACCUCCACACCCUGCUGCCUGGGGCCUCAGUGGGCCUGCAUCCUCUCACCCCAGCCUGUGUUUUCCCACUUGUGAAAUGGGCCGAUGUGCCCGUCCUACAGGGAAGCUCCCAGCCUGGUACCAAAUAGGUGCUCAGGAAAUGCCAGCUCCCACCUCUGCAGCAGCCAGCUGGAGGGGAGACUUCAUACAGUGGGGUCUUUGAAGAUGUUGUUAGAAUGAAAUCCAAAAUGCUUUCAAACAGAAAAAGUAGAGGAGAAAAAUCACAGCCAUCGUUUCUAAUAGCUAGCCUGGCUGAGUUCUUGCCACGCUGUUCUGACCACUGUGUUUAUGAUUCCACUCGCACCUGCCAGCAACUCUGUGAGAUGAAUCUUCUGCCCCUCUCCAUUUUGCAGGCUGGCGCCCAUGCGGCUCUACACACUCUCCAAGCGCCACUUUGUCCUCGUGUUUGUCGUCUUCUUCAUCUGCUUUGGCCUGACCAUCUUCGUUGGGAUCAGAGGACCUAAAGUGAUCCAGACUUCUGCGGCUAAUUUUUCACUAAAUAAUAGUAAAAAGCUAAAGCCAAUUCAAAUACUUUCAAAUCCACUGUCUACAUACAAUCAGCAACUAUGGCUGACAUGUGUUGUUGAGUUGGAUCAAUCAAAAGAAACUUCUAUUAAGACAAGCUUUCCCAUGACUGUUAAAGUCGAUGGUGUAGCUCAAGAUGGAACCACGAUGUACAUUCAUAACAAAGUUCACAACCGGACAAGGACCCUCACAUGUGCAGGGAAAUGUGCGGAGAUUAUUGUGGCUCACCUUGGCUACCUGAACUACACUCAGUAUACAGUGAUAGUGGGAUUUGAACACCUGAAGCUCCCCAUCAAGGGAAUGAACUUCACGUGGAAGACUUAUAACCCUGCCUUCUCCCGGUUGGAAAUCUGGUUCCGGUUUUUCUUUGUGGUGCUCACCUUCAUCGUCACUUGCCUGUUUGCGCAUUCCCUCCGGAAAUUUUCCAUGAGAGACUGGGGCAUCGAGCAGAAGUGGAUGUCUGUUCUCCUGCCUCUGCUGCUACUUUACAAUGAUCCGUUCUUCCCCCUCUCCUUCCUGGUCAACAGCUGGCUCCCAGGGAUGCUGGAUGACCUCUUUCAGUCCAUGUUCCUGUGCGCCCUGCUGCUCUUCUGGCUGUGCGUGUACCACGGGAUUCGUGUCCAGGGAGAAAGAAAGUGUUUAACUUUCUAUUUGCCUAAAUUCUUCAUUGUUGGACUAUUGUGGUUGGCUUCUGUUACGCUAGGAAUAUGGCAAACAGUUAACGAAUUACAUGAUCCAAUGUACCAGUAUCGAGUUGACACCGGAAAUUUUCAGGGAAUGAAGAUCUUCUUCAUGGUGGUGGCAGCGGUGUACGUUCUGUACCUCUUGUUCUUGAUAGUGCGGGCAUGUUCCGAGCUACGUCACAUGCCUUAUGUGGAUCUCAGGUUGAAAUUUUUGACUGCAUUGACUUUCGUAGUACUUGUCAUUAGCAUCGCCAUCCUUUAUUUGAGAUUUGGAGCGCAAGUACUACAAGACAAUUUUGUAGCAGAGCUGUCAACUCACUACCAGAAUUCAGCCGAGUUCUUAUCUUUCUAUGGCCUGUUGAACUUCUAUCUCUACACCUUGGCCUUUGUAUAUUCUCCAUCGAAGAAUGCCCUCUAUGAGUCCCAGCUGAAAGACAAUCCUGCCUUCUCCAUGCUGAAUGACUCGGAUGAUGAUGUGAUUUAUGGGAGUGACUAUGAGGAAAUGCCGCUGCAGAACGGCCAGGCCAUCCGGGCCAAGUACAAGGAGGAGUCAGAUAGUGACUGAGCCCCGGCCAGUCCAGCGAGGCGACAAGAUGCCUGGAUGCUUUCCCCGGUGACCGUCUGCUGACCUUCCCGUUACAUUCAGACUUUUCUUACAAGGAGAGAUUUCCUGUUCCUCAUUUGUUUACAUAUUUUUUUAAAGGAAAACCAAAACUGAGGGCAAAUUUAAAUGUUUAGCCAAAUUUAUUGUCAUGGUGGCUACGAGAAAAGAGGCAUUGAUAACAAGUUUCAACAGCCAAAUCCUUUUUUACAGAGAUUUCAGAUGAGCGUGUUUUCAGGGAUGAGGAAAUUACACGUUUUUAGUAGAGUGAAUUAUGUACUUUUUUUCCUGUAAUCAUUCACUGAUUCCAAGUUCACGGGCAGCCUGUGACUAGGCCCUCAGCGUGACAGCAUCACCCUCUUUCUUCCCUUUUCCGUGGUACUGUUUUUUGACCCUUUAAACUCAAAGGGAAGCCUUAUCUGUGGCUGCUUCAGGGCAGUCCUUCCUCGUUGAGUGGCCCGUGCCCUGGGUAACCAAGCGGCUGAAGUGAUUGGUCAGUUACGUGGACUGCAUUUUGUGCAGUGUGCGAGUUAUGACUCAUCGGGAAUGGGAGAUGCCGGGGUUCCAACCCUUCACGUCACCAAAGGGGAAGUAAUAGUGUAGAGUUCUGAGGAGGGUUUGGUAAGUUGAAUAAGGAAAGGCUAAGAUAAUUUACAGGUUACCAACUCCUGUGGGGAAGGUCUUACUGCCAUGGUGCUCUUCAGGGGCCUGUGUGUACACACAUGAUUAAAUGGAUUUCCCUGUGGGAGGUAUGGGCAGGAGAGGAACCCUUACCAUUCCAGUAAAUAGCAGUUUCUGCAAUUCUGUUAAAUAUGAAAUGCCAUAGAGCUUUAUUUAUUUAUGUAAGUAAAAGCUAAAUGAGGGGCCAGGCGCAGUGGCUCACAUCUGUAAUCUCAACACUUUGGGAGGCCAAGGUGGGAGGAUCACUUGAGCCCAGGAGUUUGAGACCAGCCUGGGCAACAUAGGGAGACCCCGUCUCUAUAAAACAUUUAGAAAGUUAGCUGGGCGUGCUGCGGCAUGCCCAUAGUCCCAGCUACUCAGGAGGCUGAGGUGGGAGGAUUGCUUGAGCCCUGGAGGUCAAGGCUGCAGUGAGCCAUGAUUGCACCACUGCACUCCAGCCUGGGUGUCAGAGCGAGAACCUGUGUCAUAAAUAAAUAAAGCUACAUGAAAGAUUGAUAGACUAUUUUAGAUUAUUUAUUGGCCAAAAGUUUUUAAAACUCAUAUUUGGAAGCAAAAUGAAAAGCAAGUAAAAUGUUUUAAAUGGUUCAUGGAAAACGUAUUUGGGUAGAAGGCAACUCGUGCUUCCGGAAGGGGUUCCCUGUCCUCCAUGUGUCACAUGGCGGUCAGGUAGGGAUGACCUGUUCUGUGAAGUCCUUGGCACUGCCGAAUCUGUGGCAUCAUAGAAGGCCCUGGAGCUGCCCCGUUCCUUUCAGUCAGGGACUCCAUAUAGAGUCUCAUGUGGACGUCUCCCGUGCUUUCCUCUUGACCUCUACAGUCACACUUCUGUUAACAUCUGGUAACUGUGGGCAACCUGACUGAUGCCGUCUUGGCGAUUGAGGUCCAGAAGAUGAUAGUUCCGCAACGCAAGCAGUAUCUACUUUUUUUCUUCAUCUAUGCAUUGACUCUCAGAUUACCAUGCAGAGCUUCACGUUAUCAUCCACGUUAAGUAGUGCUAGGUGUAGGACCUUAGAGAUGUUCAUGAGAAACUAUUUGUUAUGACUUCCCUUUGUAUCUUUCCUUUUAAUUUAAACUUUAAUGAUAAUGUACUUUUAAUAUGGAUUCUAUUCACAUUUGUUUUAAAAACCUUGUAAAUAUGAAUGUUUAAGACAACUUACUGCAAGGGUAAUUCAAGUUUACAUGAUUUUUAAAUUUGCAAUGAUGUGUUUUUUUUAUUCUGUGUAUUGAAAAAAAUUUUCUGUUACCAAAUUUUACAACUUCUAAUAAGACUACUAUAACUUUAUGUAAACUGAUGAAGACGUGCUGAUUAACAUAGUCUGUGAUAUGGUUUACAACUUUUAAUCAUAAUUGUCCAUGAUUUUGGAAUGCUGUUAUUUAUCAGUAAAUGUAAAAUAUUUGAGGCAUUUAGCCAUACACACACUAGAACUUUUUAAAACUUUGUCCUAUAGUGUAAUUAUAAACUGAUGACUAUUAUCUUCAUACAUUGAGUCUUCAUGCAUCAAUGAAAUGAAAAAUAUAGGAUUAUUUAUUUACUUUUUGUAACUAAGUGGGAAAUAAGAAAAAAAGUUAGAAAGAAAGUACUUAAGGGGAAAAUCGUUCUUACUAAGUCAUGUAUUUUCAACUUGUCUUCCCUGGUAUAUCAUAAACACUGACAUAUUACAUACCCCAUGUAAAAUUUUGCUUAAACUCUCUAGCACUUGGCAUGUAGAAUAUGUACCAUAGGUAUCAGGUUAAAACACUAAAGUCUGCCAGAAACUUUUGACAGUAGCAAGAAAAUUGUUGAAGAAAAAAUAAAUUAUUUACUGAGGGUAGUUAUGUUAAAGUUUUGCGAACUUAAAGGGCUGACUUUAGUUCUUUCAUGGUAAUGGCUUGAGUAACAUCAUCUUUGGGAUUUUUAAAAUACUGGUCCAGUCUAGGAGAACCUGGAAGAUGACCAGAGGUAUUUCAGUUUCCCUAGGGAGAGCUUCGUUAUCCAUGUGGAUAAUAAGUCUGCUUGAUUUAUUAUUAAAUCAUUACAGCAGUGAAGUGGUGCCAUUUUCUCUCUCUUAAGCCCCAUUUGAAAGGCUAGAGAAAGGGAUAUAUAUACUAUGUUCAAGGUUUGUAAGGUUGUUAAUGUACAUAAUUGCAGAUUGCAAUAAAAGCUUAGAUACAUUUUGUAAACCCAACCCACUAAAUGAGCAGGUUACAAGACAAAUGUCACCAGCCUCAAGUAUUUUAUGAACUAUUUACUGAGGGUAGUUAUGUUAAAUAGAUUAUAAUGUGGUAAAUUAUUUCCUGAAUCCUUUAUCACAGGAAAAACACAGACCCUCAUAAAAGGGAUAAUUAAAACGGAUGUGUCUAAACAUUUAGUGAAGAUGAGACUUAAAACAUGAAAGUGUAUUUGUGUAUUCUGAGGGUUUUAGAAACCGGUUGCCUUAGAGGUUAGACUUUUGAAGAAAAAAAAAAAAAGAUACAAAUCUUUUUCCCCUGGCCAAAGGGAAGUUGUAUUAGUCUGUGACAUCUUGUGAUGCUGUUUAUCUUGGUUUGACAUUGGAGAUACGCUGGUAACUGUGAUACCAUACUAUAACAAAGAAGAAUUGUCUGCUACGAAAAACUGCCUUUUUACAAAAUGACUGUAAAUAUUUGUAAAAUAAAAUAACACUAAACUUUAAGCCCAAAAGGAGAGGUAGAGCCAUGUGUUCAGUUGUGGACCUGUCCGUGGGGCACAGUGCCACCCCAUCACAGUGUUGCUGUCAUCAGGCAAAAGUGAAUGUUUGUUUAUGGCAAGUUCGUCUUUUGCGAAUGGCUUAAUUCUGACACUACCUUUCUGGGAAAUGUUAAUAAAUUUUUAAUAUUUA